ACAUACAACCUCACUCAUUACAAAACAUACCCGUACGUGGAAGUCUUGAGCGCAAACCAUCUCGAAACUCCACCAUGCCCCAUCUCAAACGAUCCAGAUAGCCAAUGUCUCCACCCAAAAGGCACGUCGUCUUCGACGUAGUAGGCACCUGCGUUUCGUUCGACGCCUAUUACCAACGCAUCGACGCCGUGCUCGGCCCCCGGCUCAGGAAAGAAACCAUUUCGGCGCAACACUUCGGCUUCACGUGGCAAACGGCUGCGGAGUUGGAAUUCACCUUCCUCUCCAUCUCGGGCAGCUACAAGGCGUACAAAGACGUGCUUCGCGGCCUCUUUUACCGCACGCUUUACUUUUGCGGGGUCGCGGAGCCGAGAGCGUUCGCUACUGAUGAGGAGAGGGAUGAAUGUAUUGAUGGCUAUUCAAGUCUGGAGUUGAGGCCUGGGUGUCGGGAGUGCUUUGAGGUGCUGCGCGAGAACGGCUUUACAGUGUGGUGUUUCACUACUGGGGACGUGGAGCGGGUGAAGGGGUACUUUGACCGUGCGGGCGUCGAUAUGCCGAUGGAGAACUUUGUUAGUUGCGACGACGUGGGCGUGGCGAAGCCUGCUCUGCCGGCGUACCAGGCGGUUUGGGAGCGGUUGGGAGCCAGUGAUGUCAAGUGGUUUGCGGCGGCGCAUAUGUGGGAUGUUGCGGCUGCUACUAAGGUUGGCUUUCGGGGAGCGUGGAGCUCGGUGUACGAGCAGGAGCCGUGUCUUGACGUUUUCAGCGAUGCUAAGAUGGAGGUUGUUGCUGGGAGUUUGGUCGACAUGGCGCGGGAGAUUGUUAGGCGGUCGUAGAUUGGGCGGAACAACUCAUGUCUCGCGCCCGCUAUGCAUAUCUUAAGCGGUAGCCAUGGAUUGACAUCGAAGGUAUGGAAAGCGUAUUUGCUUUGGGAAGAACGACGAUGCGCAAUUAGUAUUACGGCCUACACCAGAGAACACACACUCGAGACUGGACCGCGCAUCUGGUGAGGCUCAUAGAUAGGGAUGUAGUGAUGGUCUUCGAUAUGCGA